GCGCAUAGCUGCAGAUUUCCCAUCAUACAUUGCUCGGUAGAAGUUUGGCUUUUUUAAUUUCCCCGCGGUGGUUUGAAUACUGCACGCCAUUAUAUCUGAGAAAACUAAGACUACAGACACAGAGAUGGCUGUUACUUCUGUGAAUCCGCAGAUGCUAGAGGGAUUUGAGCAGUUUCUGAAAGAGUACCGCCUCUCCACUUUCUCCCAGUGGCCCUUCGUCUCCGAUUGCUUAUGUACUCCAGAUCGGAUGGCAGAAGCUGGAUUCCUUCACUGUCCUAGUGAAAAUUCACCUGACGUGACCCAGUGCUUCAUAUGCUUUAAGGAGUUGGAGGGAUGGGAGCCUGAUGAUGAUCCUCUAAAAGAACACCGGAAACACUCUCCUAGCUGUGCAUUUCUCGCUCUCCAGAAAGACGUGUCUGACUUGACGAUGCAACAGUUUCUGAGACUUGCCCAAGAGAGAAUGAGGAACUUGAUUAAAAAGAAUGUUAACCAGAAAAUUAGCGACUUGGAAAAGUAUGCUGUUAACAUACGUAAAGAAAUCAACUUGUUGCGUUCGUAACAUUCCUUGUGUGCUGUGUGAUGCUGUGGGCUUACCCCUCUUUUUCUUAAUAAAUAUUACUGGUUUUCAAA